AUCAGGGUGCUUAUUCUCGAAUCGUAGGAAUCACAAAAUCGGGAGAAAAGAGAGGGAAUGAGAGGUAAUUUCUCACGAAAUUAGCUAUACCGAAUUCUCGAAACUGGGAGCUUAUUCCCAUCUCCUGAAAAUCGUAGGAACGUUGUUCUCUUGGUAUUUUUCGGGAGAAGGAUCGAAAUUUUGAAGAAGGCGUUUGUAAAAGUUGUCAAUACUCAGCGUAUCGUGUUCAUAUUUUGUUCUUAGUGUACUUAGUUUUACAGUGGUAUUUAAAAGUGUUUCUUAAUUUGAAUUGUUUCAAAGUGGUUUAAAUCAAUUGGAAACAAUUGUAGAAGGUUGAAAAAUUGGAAAAUUUUAUUCUGUAAACAAAACAGACAAGCAGUUUUUGAAUUAAUGGAUCCGUUGGACCCAUUGGAUCUGGCAUUGUUUAAUCAAGUCAUGGACGAUCUCGAUGAUGCUGAAGAGCAAGUGGAGCGUCCACUUCGGGAACUGCAAAUACGACAUCAAGUUGAUCCUUUUGAACAACUAGACGAAAAUAAAUUUAGAAAAUAUUUUCGCGUAAAUAAGGCCUUGGCGCGAAAUAUUAUAGAAACGAUUCGACCGUUUAUGCAAGAAGCAUCUCGAAGUUCCGCUAUUAGCAUUCAACAUAAGGUACUUACAGCACUUAGGUUUUUUGGUUUUGGUAGUUAUCAGGAAAUUACUGGCACAAAUAAAUAUGUGUCUUUGAGCCAGCCAAGUACCAGUCGGGCCAUCAAAGAAGUUGCUAAUGCUUUAUGUCAACCUCAAAUAUUAAAUAAUUGGAUUCAUUUCCCGGCGAAUCGAGAGGAACUACAACAACUUCGUCUUCGUUUUUUUCAGAAGCAUCAUCUACCGGGCAUUGUAGGGUGUAUCGAUUGUACACAUGUAGCGAUUGUACGGCCUGUUAUACAUGAUGCCCUAUAUCCUGAACAUAUAUAUGUCAACAGAAAACAGUACCAUUCCAUUAAUGUGCAGUUGGUUUGUGAUGAAAACCUUAAAAUUUUAAAUGUGAAUGCCCGUUUUCCCGGCAGUAGCCAUGAUGCUUACAUUUGGAGGCAGUCUGCAAUGUCUCAUGUAAUGGAACAAAUCUAUCGUCAGGAUCCUGAGGAUACAUAUUUUUUAGCGGGUGAUUCUGGUUAUCCACUGCGACCAUGGUUAAUGACCCCACUAAGGAAUCCUGAGCCUGGUCCUGCUGAAAGAUUUAACACUCGAUUCAUUAGUGUUAGGAGUUUAAUAGAGAGAUGCAACGGAGUUCUAAAAAAUCGGUUUAGGUGUCUUUUAAAACACCGAGUUCUGCACUAUCGUCCCCAGAUGGCAUCAAAAAUUAUUAAUGCUUGUGUUGUACUUCACAAUAUGUGUUUACAACAUAGAAUUCCAGAACCAGAGUUCGACGCAGAGAUGGAACAAGCGGACUUAGGUCUUUAUAAUGAUGACGAAAUAUAUGACGAUGUACAAAUGGCCCAUGUUAAUCCGGAUUUAGCUGCCGCAAGGCAGUUACAACAGCGUAUAAUACAUAAUCAUUUUAACUGAAACUAUUAUUUUAUUAUAAUUUAUAAAUGAUUAGUGGCGAACAAAA